AUGCUGCCGUCUCUUGGCCAGCGAAACCCACUAGGCUCGCCAGAGUCGGGUCGAACCUUGGGACGUAAUCUUCUAAGAGACCAAUUGCCUCUUACCACAUGGAUUCUGAUCGGAGCCGUAGCGCAAAGCGCUGCCGUGCUCCUGAUCCCCAAAGUCUACGCUGUUCUUCCAGCCAUCUUCAUAUUCGCAUACCAAGUGCUUGAUAUCUUCCUGAUGCACAAGGGCUACACACGCAACCGUUUCAUGGAUAAAAUUGUGAAAGGGAAAUUCACGGGUCAGAUACCAAGCAGAGAGGGCGUCUUCAGCAGCAAGCCAUCAAACGAGACGGUGGUAUGCUUCUUACUUAUAGUCCGCGGGAACCACCCGCUUGGAAUCUUCUCAGAGGGAUUCAAGGACAUCAGCAGGCUCGCGAGAGAAAUGUUCAAAGAGCUAAACAAGAACCCCCAUGAGCACGGAUUCCUCGGAUCCAAGGCCCUCCUCGGCGCCGAGGAAAGCACCUCCAAGAACCAUCUCGUCAACCUGAUGUACUUCCGCAGUCUCGAAGACGUCCACAAGUUCGCCCACGGGCCCCUCCACGCAGAAGCCUGGAGGUGGUGGGCAUCAACGGGAAAGAACUACGGCUAUAUCACCAUCGGCCAUGAGCUGUAUGCAUCUACCCAGAACAACUGGGAGAAUAUAUAUGUUGACUCGGAGCUCUAUGGACUUCCAUCGACUGUGACAAGAGUCAAGAAGCUUAGCGAGAAUGGGCAAGAAACGGACGGAGAGUGGGAAAAUGUCCACCCAGUCAUCGAUGCCCGGCGGGGGAAGUUGGCGAAGCAAUACGGCCGAGUGGACAGGACAAGACCUGAUGUCCCUGAGGUGCAGUUUGAUGAAAAGUAUUAG